AUAAAUUUGGUGGAGGUUACCCUCCUCGGCCAGUUUUUCACGACUGGCCUACAUGUUUUCAAACCUACCAAGAUGUCUGCCUUGAAAUGCCUGAGAAGUUAUACACGCUCAACAGUUCGGAGAAGUUCAGGGAAUGGAUGACAGAGAAACUUGACAGGGUCGAUUUGUUCAAAGUUGAUGUUGCCAUCACGUCUCUGAUUGACAGGGAGUGUAUCCCAGUGUUGGCGGGCUACCUGGCCUGUCUGAGCUACCUGGCACACGCCUAUCGCUGGGGCACAGUACCAACCACGAGCCUGGAACGGGAAAGAAUCACUCUCGAAUUCCCGGACUGCCUCUGGGACCCUUUUAAAAAGGUAAAUGAUUAUUUCGGGCUUCCAUAUCGUGGCAACCACUUUUCACUGAUGGCAUGCAACGCUAUUUAUGACGAAAAUGGAUCGCCAGUAGGUAUGAAGUUUAAUUGGAAUUAUGACCCAGCCAAAGCGAACCAGGAAAAUAACUUCAAGCUGCUGAUGGCAAAAACCGAGUGUGAAGCCCCUAACGUCCUCAGUUCUCUCGGAGAGUACUUGGAUUUGCUUCAAACCUUCACGACUUCAGACGACAGGAAUGACGUCGAACAGCAAAUGAUCGAAAAGGUGUAUCUUACAAAAGGACACCUCGUGGCAGUUAUAAGACAGGUCAACACAAAGAUGCACGACGGUUUUAUUUCAAGAAAUGUCUUUGCACCACACAUCCAGGGAAUGAUUGCAUGGGGAUUAGACUCAGACAUUGGGUCGUCUGCUUCUGAAAAUCUCAUUUUCCAGGUACUCAAUGUGUUUUGCGACAUGGAGGGUGCGAGCGAAAUGAGUCGUUUUGGAAAGAGGACGCGGGAGAACAUUCCAGAAAAUUCCAGGGUUUUAUUAAAUAAAUUUGAGGAGAGCACAAAAGGUUAUAUCUUUCCGACAGAGAAACUGGCCCAAGCAAAGGCAGACUUGAUUACGGUAUAUUAUGCCUUUCUUUUGGGGCAUGCGCGAAAGGUACCAGACUAUAUAGCCAAAUGUCCAAUGACUGCGUCCGGGUUCUUGAAGAAGGAUUUGGUAUCCAAAUUUAGGCGUCAAAUGAAAGCACGGUGCGACGAAGUUUUAUCUGCCAGAAAGAAAGCUCAAGGCAGAUCAUCUGACAACAACAAUAACGACAAUGGAAUCGAAGAAAACAAAGUGUGGUGUUGGAGUAAGGCGUUGUUUUGUUGGGGAAAGGCAAUCCUGAAGUCUAAUUUGAAACUAUUGACAAUACUGAUUUUAUUUUCCUGA